AUGCAGCUAGCACGCAAGCUUAUUCUCCAUCUCGGCAUCUUCAACACUUGGUGGCUCCACAUUGAGGGAUGGAUUACGGUAGAGAUUUCUGGGUUUUUGUGUUGCAAAGUUGCUUCUCAAGCCAAGAAAUUGCCACCUUCUAGCCAAAAGAAUGUUCCAGAGGCGGCUCCUAAGAAAGCUGAGUCAAGUGAUAGCUCUGAUGGCAGUGAUUCUGAUGAAGAAAAACCAACUGUUGCAAAGAAUGUAGCUGCUGCAGCACCUAAAAAGAAAGUACAGUCUAGUGAUAGUUCUUCUGAGACCUCUUCAGAGGAAGAAGAGGAACCACAGAAAAAACCAUCACCUAAAGAAGAUAUCGAUGAAGAGGACAGUGCUGAUGAAAGUGAUGAAGAGCCUCAAAAGAGAAAGUUGGAAGUUCCGACUUCAGUUUCUUCCAGUGCUGGUAAAUCAAGCAGUAGCGAAGAGGAAAGCUCUGAUUCAGAAGAUGAGCCCUCAAAGGUACCAUUGCCAAAGAAGGCUACUCAAGUGUCAAAGAAAAGCAUCGGUCCUGAGGAGGAUUCAUCCGAGGAAGAAAGCAAUGAGGAAGUGCCUUCCAAGACCCCAAAGAAGAAUGACACUGAUGUGGAAAUGAAAGCUCCCAAAACCCCUGCCACUCCUCAAGUGCAGAGCACUGGAAGCAAGACACUGUUUGUUAGCAAUCUAUCUUUUAGUAUUCAAAAAGAGGAUGUUGAGCAUUUCUUUAAAGAUGCCGGUGAAGUUGUUGAUGUCCGUUUCUCUUCAGAUGCAGACGGGAGGUUCAAGGGCUUUGGUCAUGUUGAGUUUGCUACUCCCGAAGCAGCACAGAAGGCUCUCAAAGUGAAUGGUAAAGACUUAUUGGGUCGUGCUGUUAGGAGCACCCUGGAAGAGUAUUUUGGGUCUUGUGGGGAGGUUUCAAGGAUUUCGAUCCCUAAAGAUUAUGAAUCCGAUUCUGUUAAGGAGAUUGCUGACAUGGAUUUCACAGAUGGAAGGACCAUAAAUGUCGUUAUUGAGUGGAGGUUGACUACAUGCUGGCGGAGGGCGAAAUUGUCACUGGAAAUCACUGGGGACAGGUAUCACCAGAAGAAGAAGAGUAACCAAAGGACUUUGGUGCGGGGUAUGAUGUUCCAUCAUAACAGCAAUGAUUUUGACAAUGGUCUUUUUGAGGCUGAUUUAAUUGAGAAGGAUUUUGGGAACCAAAUUGCUGGAAUGGAUAGCUUCGGGUGCUGA